AUGUCCGCCCUUGCCUAUAUCGACCCUAACAUAUCGGGUAUGAAAGUUCCGUGGGUUUACGUAGGCAUGUGCUUUUCUACGUUUUGUUGGCAUACCGAGGAUCAUUGGAGCUACAGUAUUAACUACCUCCACUGGGGCGAACCGAAGACGUGGUACGGCAUCUCUGGCUUAGAUGCCGUAGAGUUCGAAUGCGCGAUGAAACGCAUCGCUCCGGAACUGUUCGACAGUCAGCCUGACUUGCUGCACCAUCUAGUCACGAUCAUAAAUCCUCAGCUUUUGAUCGAACACGGGGUUAAAGUGUACAGUGUAAUGCAAUGUGCGGGCGAAUUUGUGGUCACUUUUCCGCGAUCGUAUCACGCGGGAUUUAAUCAGGGUUAUAACUGUGCCGAAGCCGUAAAUAUCUGUCCUUCUGACUGGGUACGUAUUGUUUUUGCAAUGCGUGUAGUAGCUGUACGUUGUUUAAUUUGUAGCUAGCG